AUGGACAGACACGGCCUCAUAGACAUUGGUUAUUCGGGCCCUCAAUACACUUGGUCUAAUAACAGAAGCGAUAUGGCUCUCAUCCGAGAAAGAUUAGACAGAGCAAUGGCAACUCAAGAAUGGAGACUUCUAUUCCCUGAUGCAUCUUUACAACACUUGGCAUCAUCAGCAUCAGAUCAUCAUCCUUUGUUGCUUCAUACAAUCAACAACCAGAAACAUGCCUCUUCUUUCAAAUUUGAAGAAUUCUGGAUUCAUGAACCGCUCAGUCAUAACAUUAUCAGAGAAGCAUGGAACAAAGCCUUUCAGGGCAAUCCGGCCUAUAUUCUUUGUCAGAAAAUCAAAUCUACAAAAGAAGCUCUCAAAUUCUGGAAUAGAAAUCACUUUGGUCGAAUACAGGACAAUAUACAAAAGUUGGAAAUAGAUUUGAUUGAUAUCCAAAGCAAACCGAUUGGUGAGUACAACUAG